ACAAAACCAAGAUGUGCUCACACGCGACUGGUUAAAAUCGAAUUCGUAUUCGUAUACCUCAACAAUAAUUGAAACAUUUAAAAUCUUACAGUUCUGAAAGCUCUUAAACUUCAUCUUUUUGAACAGUUAGUACAUGGGUUAAGAAAGCUGUAAUGGAAUAGAAUGCUCUUAAAUAAGUUGCACAGAAAUGAUCAAGACUGUAAAAUUGGAGCACAUCUGCUCAAUUCAUUAUGUUUGUACUGACGGCACUCUUGAAGAAUGCACUCGUUGUUCUUGCAGUUGCAUCAAUGGAGGACUGGUUCGAUUAUUAUUCCAAACCAUAAAAAUUCUAACUUGAGGUAUAACAAAAAAAUAUAAACUAAUUAGAAUUGUGUAACUUGCCAAACACGCAAAGUGCACACGCUUUUCCUCCGACAGGUUGCGCACAAGUAUUUAAGGAAGAAGCUGCAGAGCCUGGUUUUCAGCUGUAAAAAUUUAUAGAGACAAUGAUGUACGGCAUGUCAGACAAAUAAAGGAAGCAUUUUGGAAAUUCUAGCCAAGAACUAAACCAGGCAUCGGAUAUAUAUUCAGUUAAGGAUAAUUGAUAAGAGCAUAAGAGGAAGGAAAAAAUUGAUCUGAAGAAGCGAAAAGCUUGGAUUUGAUGAAGGGCGGAGGUUCGAGCUUUGGGCAGCAAGGGUCUGGAGGAGCAAUUAACAGUCAUCAUGGUAGUUGUGGAUCGGCCUUCUCUGGCGAGGGCUCAGGUGGCUCACUCGAGCAGCAUGAAAACAGGGCUCAACAUCAUCCCUGGAUUGCUGGCUACGAAAACCCUCCGGUCAUCGUCUACCACCACCAUGAAAGCUCUAGACGGUCGUCUCGGAAAUCCAUCUGCUUGGGCUGGAGCUUCACAGCUUCAAUCGGUGCGCUAAUAGGAUCAUUGUGGAUGCUGUUUGGUUUAUAUGGUUCUGAACAUUUGGAAAUGGGCCUCAACUAUUCUCGGAUUGUAAGAGCCAAUAAGUUGUUUGUGCAAAGCAUCUCUGUAAAAAAUCGUGAACUAGCUCCAGGCCCUAGAUUAUAUGGGUUCCAUAGUCCACCUAAUCUUGAUGAUGAGAAGGAGUGGUCUGUUGACCAUGACGUUACCAUCCCAGGAUUUUACCACAAGGAAUGGGCUUUCUGGCUCAACAGGAAAUCAAAAAUGAAGUUGGAAUACAAAGUAGCAUCACCUUCCAAUUUGUUCCUUGUAAUUGCUCAAGGUAAAAACAAUUACAAUGAGUGGAUCCAGGAUACAGGCAAUCCAGAUUGGUGUCUCUUAUGGAAACCUGUGCAUGGACACGGCCAUAUUACUUUUGAAGCAACCAAGGACGAUGAAUAUUAUAUUGGCAUAGCAAAUCUUUACCAAACGAGCAUAGAAUUAGAGCUCAAUAUGGAAAUAAGAGCCAAAGUUUAUGAAACAGAAGAGGCUGAUUUCUGGUGCCCCUUGGAUGUAAGAUCAUGUACGAUUGCCUUGCCACUGAAGGGAUCUGAAGUUGGAGUUAUAACAACACCAGAUGAGUCACAGGAAGGUGUUGAUUUGUGGCAUGUGACUGUCUCGUACGAUACUCGUUGGUCAACAUACAUUGCCAUAUAUGGUGUGUUGGGUUUGCUACUGUUGUCAAAUUGUUGUUGUCGAUUAAGGUCCAAAAGAAGAAGAGAUUUUUAUCAGGAAGUUGCUCCUUUAAAUUCAGAAACAGCUGCCACUUGCUUUCGAACCAAUCCAACGAUUGGCAGCUUAUGCCCACACAAUGAAAUGCAGACAAAUUCUACAGAAGCUGACAUGACAGCACUAGAAAUAUCUGAUGAAAAUCUGUGUACCAUCUGUUUUGAGGAUCGGAAGAACUGUUUUUUCCAGCCAUGUGGUCAUUGUGCAACAUGCUACAAUUGUGGUCUGAGGGUAAAGGAGGCUUCUGCGGCAUGCCCAAUCUGUAGACAGCCUAUUCAAGAUGUACGGAAAAUAUACAUUACUUGAUCAUUCAAGGAUCUGCAUCACUUUCCAGUUUAUUGUGAUUCUAAAUAUUAUCAUGUGGUCAAAUACUGUUUCAAAUUUGAUGCACAUGUACACAAAUUAAUAAUAAUUGGAAUUAAAAGAAAAUGUUUUAUAACAGAUGUCAAUACCAUCUGAGGAUCUUUUCUAAGAUAUUUUAUUGUCAUUGAGUAAAGCUAUAAUACUAGUAUGAAGUCAUCGACUACUAAAUUUUGUGCAUUACCAGGAAAUUCUCAAGAUAAAGGAACAUCAUAUAGCAGAUUGUAUUUUAUUUAAUAAAUGAAAAUCUGUCAUCUAUUACCAAACCA